AUGUGCCACUUUCAGGUCUCCUCACACUGCUGGUGGGUUCCAUUUUGUCAUAGGGUCUGCAGAUUAAGGCAGCCUCCCAUUGGCAGCCUAAAUUACGGGCCUCCCAUCCCAUGCAGCUGCUGCCAUGGCCUCUAAUCUGCCAUGGGCCCCUGUACCGCCUCCUCAUGCUGCUGCCAGGUCCCACAGUGUCUCAUGGGUCCCUGUACCGCCUCCCAUUGCUGCUGUCUCCAUCGACACACUCUGCCAUGUGCCACUUUCAGGUCUCCUCACUCCUCUCACGGAUUCCGGCUGGGUUUUCCAUUUUGUCAUAGGGUGCUGUCCAGAUUAC